AUGAGGUUCAAGUUUUGUGGAGAUAUAGAGCCUCCAGAGUGGCUUUUGGCAGAGGUUAAUCAGUUAUCAAGAAUUGUAUUUUCUAAAUAGACUGCUGUGAGAAUAAAGUUGAUAUCUACAAUAAUUGCGAAGCAAAUCUCAGAGAAUAAAUUUGACAUGGAGAAAGCUUGGAAACUCUCUUCAGACUGCGGCCUUAGCAAAGAAGAAAUUCAAUCUGCCCUGGCAUCAAUUCAUUUCAUAUUCUCCACAGCUGCAAAAUUCAGCGUCACCUCAAAUGUCUUAAAUGAUGAAAUAGGACAACUCGGACUUCCUCUAGAAAAUGCUUUAGCUCUCAGCAAAACUUAUGGAGAUCAUCUCAAUAACAUGCAGAGAUCAUUAGAAAACAGCUUUUUAAGAGGUAAAUUCUAAAAUAGUUUCAAAAGUCGAAAAUAUUAGUUGGAAAGUCGAUUUAGACUUAAGAACCAAGUCUACAGAUGCAUCUAUUGUAGUUACAACAUCUGAUCUCCAAAGGCAUCCAGUAUGCUUAUCAGCUCCACAGCUAAAUUUAUUAAUUCAAGAGCUUUCAAGAGCUAAAAAUCUGAUGGAAAAAAUAAGUAGACCAGCUGAGUUAAAUUAA